GCCCAGGCGCCGCGCGCGUGAGGAGGUCGAGGGGCGCGCCACCCCGUACCGGGGCGGCCGCCCCCGGGGCCACGCCACCCCGCCCAGCCCGGCGGUCGUGGCCCGGGGAUGCGGAGCCGGGGGCCGCCGGUGGAGCUGCGCGGGGUGAGAGGCGCGAGGAGGGGCGGCUGCCUGCUGCCCUCGCCCUCGGCCCCCGCCUGCGGACCCCGCGCGGCCAGACGCGCUUAGCGCCCUGACGUUUGGGUUGGAAACAGGUGAACCUGCCGCCCCAUUCCCGAACCGCCCCCAGCCUGGACAGCCAAUCCUGCCUUUUUAAGAUUUUUUGUUUUUUUCUGCUCCAGUGGAGCCCCCCGCAGCCAUGGCCCCCAGAAGCCGCCUAGGGCCUGCAGGGACAGCCCCCCAUCCCGGCCGCCCGGGCCCGCCCUCUGCAUCCCGCGGGCAGCCUGCGUGAAGCGGCCUCCCGCAGCCCCCGGCCCCUCCCCCAUGGAGGAGGAGGAGGGGGCGGCGGCCAAGGAAUGGGGCACGACCCCCACGGGGCCUGUCUGGACCGCGGUGUUUGACUAUGAGGCGGUUGGCGAGGAGGAGCUGACCCUGCGGAGGGGCGACCGCGUCCAGGUGCUUUCCCAGGACUGUGCAGUAUCCGGCGAUGAGGGCUGGUGGACCGGGCAGCUGCCCAGCGGCCGUGUGGGCGUCUUCCCGAGCAACUACGUGGCCCCCACCGUGCCCGCCACACCCGCGGGCCUCCAGCUGCCCCAGGAGAUCCCCUUCCACGAGCUGCAGCUAGAAGAGAUCAUCGGUGUCGGGGGCUUUGGCAAGGUCUACCGGGCCCUGUGGCGCGGAGAGGAGGUAGCUGUCAAGGCCGCUCGCCUAGACCCUGAACGGGACCCGGCAGUGACAGCGGAGCAGGUGCGCCAGGAGGCCCGACUUUUUGGAGCCCUGCAGCACCCCAACAUCAUUGCCCUGCGGGGCGCCUGCCUCAGCCCUCCUCACCUCUGCCUGGUGAUGGAGUAUGCCCGGGGAGGGGCAUUGAGCAGGGUGCUGGCAGGUCGCCGGGUGCCCCCUCAUGUGCUGGUCAACUGGGCUGUACAGGUGGCCCGGGGCAUGAACUACCUACACAACGACGCCCCAGUACCCAUCAUCCACCGGGACCUCAAAUCCAUCAACAUCCUUAUCCUGGAGGCCAUCGAGAACCACAACCUUGCAGAUACGGUGCUCAAGAUCACAGACUUUGGCCUGGCCCGCGAGUGGCACAAGACCACCAAAAUGAGCGCCGCGGGAACCUACGCCUGGAUGGCCCCGGAGGUUAUCCGUCUCUCCCUCUUCUCCAAAAGCAGUGAUGUUUGGAGCUUCGGGGUGCUGCUCUGGGAGCUGCUGACUGGUGAGGUCCCCUACCGCGAAAUCGACGCCUUGGCUGUGGCGUAUGGCGUAGCUAUGAACAAGCUGACGUUGCCCAUCCCCUCCACGUGCCCCGAGCCCUUUGCCCGCCUACUGGAGGGUGAGCCAGGGCCCCAUGGAAAGGAAUGCUGGGACCCUGACCCGCAUGGAAGGCCAGAUUUCGGCAGCAUCUUGAAGCAACUUGAAGUCAUCGAGCAGUCAGCCCUGUUCCAGAUGCCGCUGGAGUCCUUCCAUUCGCUGCAGGAAGACUGGAAGCUGGAGAUUCAGCACAUGUUUGAUGACCUUAGGACCAAGGAAAAGGAGCUGCGCAGCCGGGAGGAGGAGCUGCUGCGCGCGGCGCAGGAGCAGCGCUUCCAGGAGGAGCAGCUACGGCGGCGCGAGCAGGAGCUGGCGGAGCGCGAGAUGGACAUCGUGGAGCGCGAGCUCCACCUGCUUAUGUGCCAGCUUAGCCAGGAGAAGCCCCGGGUCCGAAAGCGCAAGGGCAACUUCAAGCGCAGCCGCCUGCUCAAGUUGCGGGAAGGCAGCAGCCACAUCAGCCUGCCCUCGGGCUUUGAGCAUAAGAUCACAGUCCAGGCCUCUCCAACCCUGGACAAGCGGAAAGGAUCCAAUGGGGCCAGCCCCCCAGCCAGCCCCAGUAUCAUCCCCAGGCUGAGGGCCAUCCGCUUGACUCCUGUGGACUGUGGUGGUGGCAGUAGCAGUGGCAGCAGCAGUGGUGGCAGUGGGACGUGGGGCCGCAGUGGGCCCCCAAAGAAGGAAGAACUGGUUGGGGGCAAGAAGAAGGGCCGGACUUGGGGGCCCAGCUCCACCCUGCAGAAGGAGCGGGCUGGAGGAGAAGAGAGGCUCAAGGCCCUGGGCGAAGGAAGCAAACAGUGGUCAUCAAGUGCCCCCAACCUAGGCAAAUCCCCCAAACACACCCCCAUCGCCCCCGGCUUCGCCAGCCUCAAUGAGAUGGAGGAGUUCGUGGAGGCAGACGGAGGCAGCAGUGUGCCCCCUUCCCCGUACAGCACCGCCUCCUACCUCACGGUGCCUCUGCCCACCGAGCCCUCCCCAGGGGCGCGGGCGCCGUGGGAGCCGGCACCCGCCACGCCCUCCGCUCGACCUGGCCAUGGGCGGCGGCGCUGCGACCUUGCGCUGCUAGGCUGUGCCACGCUGCUGAGCGCUGUGGGCCUGGGUGCAGAUGUGGCCGAGGCUCGCGCGGCCGACUGCGAGGAGCAGCGGCGCUGGCUCGAUGGCCUCUUUUUUCCCCGCGCCGGUCGCUUCCCGCGGGGCCUCAGCCCACCAGGGCGCCUUCAGUGCCGCCGCGAUGACAUGGUCCCCGGCCCGGGCCUGGUGCCCUCAGCCACCCUCGUGUCACUCUCCUCCGUGUCCGACUGCAACUCCACUCGUUCGUUGCUGCGCUCAGACAGCGACGAGGCUGCACCGGCGGCUCCCUCCCCUCCCUCGCCUUUGCCUUUGCCCUCGCCCUCAGCCUCACCCAGUACCAACCCCCUGGUGGACCUGGAGCUGGAGAGCUUCAAGAAGGACCCCCGCCAGUCGCUCACUCCCACCCACGUCACGGCCGCGCACUCUGUGAACCGAGGACAUCGGCGGACGCCAUCGGACGGGGCGCUGGGGCAGCGGGGGCCACUGGAGCCCACGGGCCACGGCCACGGCCCUGGCCCUCGAGAUGCCCUGGACUUCCCCCGCCUGCCAGACCCCCAGGCCCUGUUCCCUACCCGCCGUCGGACCCCUGAGUUCCCUGGCCGCCCCACCACCCUGACCUUUGCCCCAAGACCCCGGCCAGCUGCCAGUCGCCCCCGCCUGGACCCCUGGAAGCUGGUCUCCUUUGGGCGGACGCUCAGCAUAUCGCCUCCUAGUAGGCCUGACACUCCGGAAAGCCCAGGGCCUCCCAGCGUGCAGCCCACGCUGUUGGACAUGGACAUGGAGGGCCAGAGCCAGGAUAGCACAGUGCCCCUAUGUGGGGCCCACGGCCCCCCCUGAGGCCUGCCCCCACUGCCCGCCUGGGCAGCCUUGAAUGUAGCGCCCCAGGCCCCGCCCCAGCCUGCCACUCCUGAGGAGCAGAGCCCUGGGCAGGUUGCUCACUCUAUUUAUUGGGGAAGGAGGGAGGGAGGGACUCUUUAAUUUAUUCCUUUGUACCCCAGGGGUGGAGCCCUGUGCCCACCCUGCUGUGGGGGAGAGGGUGGGCAGGGAUACUCAGGGACAAGGCAUCAUGGGGGAUUUGGCACAAAAAAAAAAAAAAAAGCAUUAAAGGUAAU